CAUUUUCAACUCAGUUGUCAGUUUUACACAAAACCUGAGUACACUACACAGAGUCACACAAAAAAAAAAACUUAAAAGUUCUUUCCUUUGGCUCCACAAAAAAUAAAGUUCCUUGCUUUGGCUCCAAGUUCUGGCUUGCCUAUUUAAACAACAAAUGGGUAUUCUUCACUUGUUCUUCAUUUACCUAAAAGCCCCAGAAUCUUAAUUUUAUUUUUUUAAAAUAUGGCAACCAAGAUUCUAAAUUCUUCAGGGUUUGAGAUAGAAUGCAAAGAGAUUCAUGAUUCUCCAGGAAAAACAAACCAGUUGGUCAAGUCACUGGCUAGUAAAUCAAAGCUUGAAAGGCAACAAAUCAGAGAGACUUACAAGGCCAUUUAUGGAGAAGAUAUAACAAAUUUUCUCCAAAAUGAGGCUAAAUUUGGGUCCAAAGUUUGUUCAGUUUUGUCCCAAUGGAUGGUAGAUGCAAAUGAACUUGAUGCUGAUGUGGCAAAGGAAGCUCUUGAACAAGGGGACACUAAUUACAAACCCCUUGUUGAAAUUUUUGUGGGUAGAAAAUCUAGUCAUAUUAUGCAAAUUAAACAAGUUUAUCAUGCAAAAUUUAGAAGACAAUUGGACCAAGAUAUCAUCAAUCUUGAGCCACCUCAUCCAUUUCAAAAGAUACUUGUGGCAUUAGCAGCAUCACAUAAGGCUCACCAGGUUGAUGUUAGCAAGCAUAUUGCUAAAUGUGAUGCUAAGAGGCUAAAUGAAGCAGGAGAAGGAAAUUCAGGAGCUAUUGAAGAGGCUGUUGUGCUUGAGAUUCUAAGUAAAAGGAGUAUUCCACAGAUGAAAUUGACAUUUUCUAGCUAUAAACAUAUCUAUGGUCAUGAGUAUACCAAGUCAUUCAAGAAGGGAAAUUCAAGGCAAUUUGAAGAUGCACUUAAGACUGUCAUAAAAUGCAUGUGCAGCCCACCUAACUAUUAUGCAAAGGCAUUGUAUGUAAGCAUUAAGGGGAAAACAACAGAUAAGGGUGCAUUGGCAAGGGUGAUGAUAAGAAGAGCAGAGGUAGACAUGGAUGAGAUCCAAGUGAUUUUUAAACAAAAAUAUGGGAUGAAUUUGAGAGAUGCAAUAUGUGAAAGUGUGCCAUCUGGGGAUUACAAAGAUUUUCUUAUUGCUUUGGCCUCAAAGACUAUUGCUGAUGCUGUUGCUUAAUGCUAUUAGUUUGUUAAAAUGAUUUUCUUAUGACUGUCUUUUAGCUUAGGAAAUUGGAGUUUAGGCUAUAUAAUAGAAUAUCAAUUGUAGCUUUUGAUUCUACACUUUGUACCUAAAAUGAGCACUAUGAAAUGUAAUUGAGCAAUAGAAGUAUGUAAUUAGUGGAAUGCAAAAACUUAGUUCUCUUUUA